AAAACCAAAGCAUAAAACGAAAGACAUUAUCAUUAUCCAUCGUGAAGCAAAAGACAGUGAGAAAAUGGCGUUGUUGAGUGGUGGCAAGGUUAUUGCUCCUCCCAUCUUCCACCACUCUCACACCCCUCGACCCUUCUUCUUCUUCCGACGACGCCGUUUCACAGUCUCUGCUCUCUCCGAACAAUCACCUCUUCCCGUUCGCGUUCGUUUCGCUCCUUCUCCCACUGGAAACCUCCACGUUGGUGGUGCCCGAACGGCCCUCUUCAACUACUUGUUCGCCAGGUCCAAAGGUGGGAAAUUUGUGCUGAGGAUUGAGGACACUGACUUGGAGAGGUCCACAAGGGAGUCUGAGGAGGCCAUGCUCAAGGAUCUUUCCUGGCUUGGACUUGAUUGGGAUGAAGGGCCUGGUGUUGGAGGGGAUUAUGGACCAUAUAGGCAGUCUGAGAGGAAUUCUUUGUACAAACAAUAUGCAGAGAACCUACACCAAUCUGGUCAUGUUUAUCGCUGCUUCUGUUCUAAUGAGGAACUAGAGAAAAUGAAGGAGGAUGCUAAACUAAAGCAACUGCCUCCAGUGUACACUGGUAGAUGGGCCAGUGCAACAAACAACGAAGUAGAAGAAGAGCUGUCUAAAGGAACUCCUUAUACAUACCGGUUUCGUGUCCCUAAAGGAAGUUUAAAAAUUAAUGACCUAAUACGAGGCGAAGUUAGUUGGAACUUGGAUACGCUUGGAGAUUUUGUGAUAAUGAGGAGUAAUGGUCAGCCUGUUUAUAACUUUUGUGUAACGGUGGAUGAUGCUACCAUGGCUAUUUCCCAUGUUAUCAGAGCUGAGGAGCAUUUACCAAACACUCUAAGACAGGCCUUAAUAUAUAAGGCACUAGGAUUUCCCAUGCCUUACUUUGCACAUGUUUCCUUGAUUUUAGCUCCUGAUCGGAGUAAAUUAUCAAAACGACAUGGGGCAACAUCAGUGGGUCAGUUCCGGGAGAUGGGAUACCUACCUGAAGCAAUGGUGAAUUACCUAGCAUUAUUAGGUUGGGGCGAUGGAACUGAAAAUGAGUUUUUUACACUUGAUCAACUUGUUGAAAAAUUCACAAUCGAACGUGUUAACAAAAGUGGUGCUAUUUUUGACUCAACUAAGUUAAGGUGGAUGAAUGGUCAGCAUUUAAGAGCACGUCCAUCAGAGGAGUUGACCAAACUUAUUGGAGAGUACUGGAAGACAUCUGGCUUACUCACAGUAUCAGAAGGGCCCUUUAUUGAUGAAGCAGUUCAACUACUUAAGGAUGGGAUUGACUUGACAAAUGAUGCAGACAAGGCCCUUACUAACUUGCUUUCUUAUCCUUUACAUUCUACUUUACAGAGCGAUGAAACAGAAUCUGUCUUGCAAGAUAAUCUUUCUGAAUUUGCUGCUAGCCUCUUGGCUGCCUAUGAUAGUGGUGAUCUGGUAGCAGCACUUGAAGAGGGCCAUGCUGGCUGGCAAAAGUGGGUGAAAGGCUUCGGAAAAUCGCUAAAGCGCAAGGGAAAAUCACUUUUCAUGCCCCUUCGACUUCUGUUGACUGGAAAACUCCAUGGACCUGACAUGGGGGCAAGUGUUGUGCUACUAUAUAAAGCUGGCACUAGUGAUGUAGUAGCUCCUGAAGCUGGUUUUGUGAAACUGGAUGAAAGAUUUAAAAUGCUUAGGCAAAUCAACUGGGAAACAUUGUCCAAGGAUCAACCAGUCAAAGAGACUGCUGCUCCUGUCUAACUGAGCAUUCACUUUCAAGGUCUAUCAAAUAAUACCAUGAUUUUUUACACUAUCUUUUGGAGCAUUCCUUUUAGCAAAUUUGACUAGAGAAGUCUGUUUUGUAAUUUUUGUAAUUUUUACUUAGGGGUCUUGGUUUAGUAGUAAUAAUGAGUUCAAGUUUUGUUUUCAAUGUGACUAGUAGAUAUAUCUCCUAUUAUUUUGAAUUGGAAACAUGGAAAUUUUGGAGGUACUUUUUUAUUUGUUUAAAUAAAAUAUGGACUAGAGGAACAUUACCAUGUUUUUAUAUAAAUGAAGAUCAAAAUGACUGACGAUCAA